AUGCAUGGGAACAAGCAGCACAUGCAGAAGGACUUCUUCCUGUUGAACUCGUCCAAGGCUCGCUGUAAGUCCUACAUCAACCUGCGCGAGGUGAGCCAGCGCUUCCGCCUGAGCCCCGAGUACGUCAUCGUUCCCUCCACCUACGAGCCGCACCAGGAGGGCGAGUUCAUCCUCAGGGUCUUCUCUGAAAAGAGGAACACCUCAGAGGAGAUAGAGAACAGGAUCGAGGCCGACCAUCCGGUGCCGGCGCCGGCCUCGGCAGAAGAGAGCGAGGAGGACCAGCUCAGGACCAUUUUUCAGGAGAUAGCCGGCGAUGACAUGGAAAUAACAGCCAACGAACUGAAAAAACGUCUCAACAGAGUCAUCACCAAACAUAAGGACCUGAACACCGAGGGCUUCAGCCUGGAGAGCUGCAGGAGCAUGAUUGCUCUGAUGGACAUGGACGGGACGGGUCGACUCAACCUGCAGGAGUUCAGACAUCUGUGGAAUAAGAUCAAACAGUGGCAGGGAAUCUUCAAACACUACAACGCCGACCAGUCUGGAAGCAUCAACAGCUACGAGAUGAGGAACGCCGUCAACGACGCAGGCUUCCGUCUCAACAACCAGCUGUAUGACAUCAUCACCAUGCGCUACGCCAAUGAGAACAUGAACAUCGACUUCGACAGCUUCAUCAGCUGUCUGGUCCGCCUCGAAGCCAUGUUCAGUAAGGCGUUCCAGGCCUUCGAUCAGGACGGAGACGGAACCAUCAGACUCAGUGUCCUGGAGUGGCUCCAGUUGACCAUGUACGCCUAAAGCGGGCCCGUCUCCUCCAGCUCAGCUCCAGUCCACAUGAGGACCAGACCUUCCAGCCUUUACCUCAUCCCUCAGUGACCGCCAUCAGCUCUCAGACUCACCUCCUCACCACACCUUCAUCAUCAUCAUCAUCAUCCUCCUCCUCCUCCUCCUGGCACCUCCUGUCGUCUCUUUCACCGUCACACACUUUUCUCAGGCAUCAAAACACACACCACCUCUUUUAUUUUUCUGUCACGAUACCUCAGAGCCUCCCCCCAUCUCUGUACUGUAUUCCACCUCCACCUUCUUCUUCUUCAUCUUCAUCUUCUUCCUCCUUUUCUUCUUCUUCUCGUGAAUAAUCUGAGAACAUCUACAAGCAGGGCCGUCACUCUGCCCCUGAACUUGUGUUUUUAAUUUACUUUCACUGUCAAUAUAAACUCAAUCCUGCAGGAGUUGUGGUUGUUGUUAGGGUGGGAGCGGUGAAAACAGCGCCCCCUGGUGGACGAACAUACACCUCCUCCUCCUACCCCCCGACUUCCUGACCUCCUGACUCUACUGUCCAGUCUGAAAGUCGUUCACUUCCGCCUGCGGAUCCACGAGAGUCGAGACGGAAAAAACCAGCAGCAACAGCAGCAGCGGAGACGAAGAGUUUUUUUUUUUUUUUUUUUUUCUUCAGUAUGGAUUUGAUAGAAAAUGGCUGAUGGGUUGGACUGCGGAUUUUUGUGAUUUCCUCUUAAGGCUUUGGUCAAAUGAGUGUAAUGCAUUUUUAACCAU